ACGUGAUCAGUUACAAAGAUGGCGCGUUGUAAACGUGGGGUGUUUAUCGCUCUGCUUUUGGGCUUUUCGCUUGUCCACUACUCUCAGAACAAAUGCGAACCUUUUGGCGAUGAUUUCCCAUUAAGUCCAUUAACAUUAGACAAAUUUGAGGUUACAUUUGAGACUGAGAAUCUCAAGGAAUCUGUAACCUGCGGCGAAUACGUACCGUUACAGGAGUUCAAAGAUUCCUUCAAAAGGACAGCCCCGAUGGUGAAGUAUUCAGAUGCGGAAUCUGAUGGGAAGUAUUUAAUAAUGAUGGUGGACCCUGAUGCACCCUCUAGAGGCAACCCUACAUGUCAGAGUUGGCUUCAUUGGAUUCUUGGCAACAUUGAAGGAGACGACCUAAAGGAAGGAAGUAUUGGAUCAGGUUCUACUUUCACAGAUUACAAUCCACCUACUCCACCUAAAGGGUCUGGUCCCCAUAGGUACUACUUGUUUGUCUUCAAACAACAGGAAGAUUUGGGCAGCGAAGCUGAGGUUGACAAACGUUGUGGCUUCUCAAUUGAUAAAUAUAAGGGAAAAUUUCAUUUGACAGCUGUGGCUGCAAACAUGUUUACAACUGAAAAUGAGUGAAUUAGGACAAACAAUGUUUAUAACAUUUGCAUUAUAGAAUCAGACAUGACAAGUACUUAGUACACGUGACAGAGUUUGUUCAUUGUUUGAUGCAGCAACAAUGCAAGUUCCAUUGCAGCAUUAAUCUAUGCUAAAAAAAUUAAUAGAACACAAGAUGUAACAAGAACUGGUAAAGUCAGGAAAAAAGUGAUGCGAGGAUGCCAUGAAAAAAAAAAAUAAUGAUGAUAAGUAAAAGAGAGAAAAGUAUAUUUUAUAUGUUUGAUGGAAUUUACAUUGGAUCAAGCAUUCAUUUACACCUGUAUGCAGUGUAAUUACAUGAAAUAAAGUGUAUAGUUUUAGACGAAACUUUA